AUGAAAGUCUUCGAGGUGAUGGGAAGGAUGGUCAUCCUCACCUCUGUGUUUACCUGUUCUGGGCAAAAUCCAAUGACUGUACUCUGCUCUAUAGACUGGUUCAUGGUUAUGGUACACCCCUUCAUGUUGAACAGCGACAUAUAUAUACACUUUCAUGAGUUACAAUUGGGUCUGGGUUGUCCUGCCAACUAUGUUCAGUCACAUAUCUGUAAGUUUACCUACUGUGUUACAGAAUGUGGAAUCAGGGCCAAGGCUGUCUCUCAAGAUACAGUUAUGUACAGCACUGAGAUACAUUAUGCUUCAAAGUCUACCUCAUCUAAAUACACAAUCCCAGUGUCAUGCACUGCCCCUCAGCACUCCCCAUGGCUCACUACUCCCUAUUCCAUGAAAGAAGCCAGCAAGAUAGGAACCAUAGCCCAGGAUGGUGAGACAGUCUAUGAGGUCAUGUACAGACAAAGGCCCAGCUGUGAUUAUCCACCUUAUGUCCUCAAUGAAGGAAAGCAUAUUCAGGCCCAACAUCACCAAGUGGGGGCUCAGAAGGGCCAUUCUGCACAGUCAUCUUUUUUUGUAGAUAUUUCUGAGGAUUGGUUUCUUUGCUCAUAUGACCUGCUUGAGUCCAUGUAA